AGGGCCGCGUGAGGGUGGUUGCUUAAGGAUAACGAGUAAGAGGAGAAGGUUAAUGAAUGAGGGAUAAUGAGUGUGUUAACGAGGCAAGGUUAAUGAGGAGUGGAGAUGUGGAGUGCGCAGGUGAGGGCAGGCGGGGGGGUGCGGGUGGCACUGAGCGGAGGCUGGUGGAGGGAGUCAGCAGUGCCAGUCAGGUUGUGAGCGUUGCGCUGCCACCACCGUCCACCACCACCUCGCUCGCGCCUCGCUCCUCGGUGUUGUGAGAGCCUUGCGUCCUCGCCUUCCACAGCUCCGCUUCUCGGCGUCCCUUGGCCUCGCCGUCAGCGGGCACCGGCAGGUCUUGAGCUGAGCCUCGGUGGUGUGGGUGACCAGUCAUGUCAUCCACAUUGUUCCCACCGUCGUCCGCUCCGUCUCCAUCUGUGGGGGCGGUGUCCUCGGGCGUGCCCACGGGACUUAAGGCUCUGGCUCAGACACUUCCCGUGCUCAAGGUGCCCAACGUGACCGACAAAGAGGAGGAUUCCGUGGAGGCACAGUACAACGGUGGAAUAGUGAACGGGAACGAAGAACUGGCCACGGUUCCUGCCAGCACUAGAAUCCCUUCCGUCAUCGUCCGACGUGGUCAGUAUGUGUUUCCAGUAUGACAAUUGCACCACUAAUGGGACGGACAUCGCCGGCAAAGAACUGUACCGUGCAUUGUACCUCGGAAGACCCCUACGACACGGAGAGGAACUACUGGACUCUGCUCCUGCUGCUGUUUCCAGUCUUCACCGUGUUUGGCAACAUUCUGGUGCUCAUGUCCGUAUACAAGGAACGUUCGCUGCAGACCGUCACCAACUACUUCAUAGUGUCCUUGGCGGUGGCCGACCUUCUCCUCGCCUCCUUCGUCAUGCCCUUCGCCGUCUACUAUCUGGUACGGUUUGGUGAAUUUUGCUCAGCGAGAACCAUUGAACCAUUGAACGUGGGGUAAGAGAGAGAGAG